CAAGGGAGGCGGUCAGGGACGACUCAGUUUCGCAUAUGUCCGCUUCUAACAACAAGAGAGUAGUCAACAAUUCCAUUGCCCACGAGACUUCCGUUUUAUUGCCAAAAGAAAGAAAGAAAAAUAUAAUAAAAACAACGCGUUUGUUGCAUUCAUGAACCGAAAUUAAUCACAACCACCGCCUUUAGAUUGCUAGUACUUGCAAUUAAUCUUUUCUUCCGUGCUUGCUACUAUACCUUCUCUCACUUUGUCUUCACUUUUGAAUUUUUUCUGGGUUCUUCUUCUUGAUUCUGAAGUGGGGUUUUUAUCAUUUACGGGAUCAUUUUGAAUUCUUUGUUAGUGGUGUGAUCUGGGAGAGAACUUGCAAGAAGGGAAAAUGGGAGGGGUCUGUUCUGGCGGAGCGAAAAGGAAAAGUGUGAAAGUUGGGGGGGAGGAGAAAAAUAACAGUGGCAUCAAUACCUCAGGGAAGUUAAGGUCAUUACAUAGCACAGGCAAGAAAAGAGAGAAUUCUUAUAGGAAUAAUAAUGGGGAUGAUUUUGGCAGAAAAACGCCACAGAGGAGUAAUUCUAGUGAGUUUUUAUCAUCCUUUUCAAGGGAGCUCAAGCCAUCAACGCCUGUUAGGACAGAGGCUGACAAGAUCAAUCAAAAGAAGUCAUUUUUAGGAAAAGCUGGGACGGUGGGACUAGAGAAAGCAGUAGAAGUUUUGGAUACUCUAGGAAGUAGCAUGUCAAAUUUGAAUCCCAAAGGGGGAUUUGCCACUGGAAUGGUUUCUAGAGGGAAUAGGAUAUCAAUAUUGGCAUUUGAAGUAGCUAAUACAAUAGCCAAAGGUGCAAACUUGUUUCAUUCUCUUUCAGAGGAAAAUGUCGAGUCCUUGAAAAAAGAGGUAUUGCAUUCAGAAGGAGUACACAAAUUGGUUUCUACUGAUAUGGAAGAGUUGCUUAUAAUUGCUGCUGCUGAUAAAAGAGAGGAAUUUGAUGUUUUCUCGCGAGAAGUGAUUCGGUUUGGAGAUUUAUGUAAAGACCCUCAAUGGCACAAUUUGGGUCGAUAUUUUUCAAAAUUGGAUUCAGAAUAUUCAAUUGACAGGCAGCAUAGAACGGAGGCGGAAGUGACAAUGCAAGAGCUGAUUACUCUGGUGCAGAACACUUCUGAACUAUAUCAUGAGUUGAAUGCUUUGGACAGAUUUGAACAAGAUUAUCGGCAAAAGGUUGAAGAAGUGCAGUCCCUAAAUCUCUCUGUAAAAGGAGAAUGUCUCACAAUUUUACAUAGUGAGCUAAAACAACAAAGAAAGCUUGUAAGGAGCUUGAAAAAGAAAUCUCUUUGGUCUAAAAAUGUGGAGGAGAUCAUGGAGAAACUUGUUGAUAUUGUUACCUACUUACAACAAGCGAUCCUGGAAGCUUUUGGAAAUAAUGGUGUUAUAUUGGUUGACAAGGAGCCUGGCAACAGUCGUCAAAGACUUGGCACAUCUGGUCUUGCAUUGCAUUAUGCUAACUUAAUCAACCAGAUUGAUAAUAUUACUUGUCGACCCGCCUCCCUUCCUCCUAAUACGAGGGACAGUUUAUAUCGAGGGAUACCAAACAGUGUUAAGGCAGCUCUACGCUCAAGGUUGCAGAUGGUUGAUACCAAGGAAGAGCUCACGAUAGCUCUGGUGAAAGCUGAAAUGGAAAAGACUCUCCAUUGGCUUGCGCCUAUCGCCACAAACACAACCAAAGCACACCAAGGCUUUGGAUGGGUUGGAGAAUGGGCAAACACUGGAAACGAAUUCGGCAAGAAUACAGCCGGAAACAGCAAUCUGAUCCGCCUCCAGACACUCCAUCACGCAGAUAAGCAGAAGACUGACCUAUACAUUCUUGAACUAGUGACAUGGCUUCACCGGUUGAUAUACUUAGUGAGACAGAGAGAUAAUGGUUUCAAAUCCGUGCAUGUUAGAUCUCCAUCUCGUAAGGGACCGGUUUUUCACACCACGACCCCACGACUUCAAUCCCUGAACCACGGUGCCCAACUUUCUCAAGAAGAUCGAGAUUUGUUAGCCAAUGUGUGUCAGAGGAGAUCGGUUCUAGGAAGAAGCAAAAGUCAGGAAUUUCUUGUAGACAAGAAAAGAGGACAGGUCUGGACAUUGAGCAGGAGCACUGGAAACUCACCAGUUGCUGCUAGACAAAAAUUAGAGCAUAAAAAAACUAAUAUUUUGGAUGUCAUGGAUGGCCUAGAUGACACAAUAUAAGACCAUACUUCAUGGAAUUACCUUGUAGGCAUUUUACUUCCCUAGUGAAUUGUGAACCUCAUUUUUCAUGUAUAUUCUUUUGUUAAAUUCCCAUUCUAUUGUAUAUACCCUUAUAUAUUGUUAUAAUAUAUGUAAUGAUGGCAUUAAUAUUA